UGCAAUCUUUCAAGCUCUCCACUCUUUAUAAUAGAUGGGUAGCACUUCUUGUUAUUGCUUGUUUCUAAUUUUGAUUCUCUUUUUUCAUUCUUCUUUCAUUUAUAAUGUAGCUGCUGAUAAUGCCACAGUUGGAUUAAAGAGAGAAUCUCCAGACACAAUCAUUGGAGGCAGCAGCGACGGCUAUGGUCCUGCUCCUCCGCCUGACUAUCCAACUUCGCCUGAAAUCAAAGAAUGUGUAACACCUCUUACGACACAGCCACCGUCAUGCCUUCCUGCAAACAUUGUGCGAGAUUUCAAAUCAAUUCAGCAAUUCAAGAACCAAAUUACCUACGAUCCGUUGGAAGUAACAAAAUCUUGGAACCAGGAUAACUUCAAUAUCUGUACAUAUAAAGGCUUUACUUGUGCUCACAGGCCUGACAGCGGCGUGCUUUCAGUAGCAGCAACAGACUUCAAUGGCUAUAAUUUCAACGGCCCGAAUUUGGAAAUCAAAGAUUUUAUUGAUAAAUUGAAAGACUUGACAAUCUUCCAUGCCAACUCCAACAACUUCACCGGAAUCGUACCAAACGAUAUUUCCAUCCAAAACAUAAAUUUCCUCUACGAGUUCGAUAUCAGCAACAACAAGUAUACCGGUGGGUUUCCUUUUCCGCUUCUCAGUGCUAGAAAUUUAACCUUUUUAGACAUCAGAUUCAAUCAAUUUUCCGGUCCAAUUCCACGGGAAGUCUUCAUGUUAGACUUAGAUGCCCUUUUCCUCAACAACAACCAGUUCAACCAGCAACUUCCUGACAAUGUUGGCAAUACAUCGGCGUUAUAUCUCACUUUUGCUAAUAAUAACCUUGGCGGCCCAAUUCCUAGCAGUAUUGGCAAUGCUAAAAAUUUAUUAGAAGUGCUUUUCCUGAAGAACCAGUUUACAGGAUGUUUGCCAUAUGAGAUUGGAAACUUGAAGAAAGCUACCGUUUUUGAUGUAAGCUGUAAUAUGCUUACUGGUCCAAUACCACAUUCUUUUGCUUGUUUGGCCAAAAUACAGAUCCUGAACUUAGCCAACAAUGGGUUUUACGGACCCGUGCCUGAAAUGGUUUGUCAGCUGCCAAAUCUGCAAAAUCUGUCUUUAUCAGGGAAUUUUUUUACUCAGGUUGGACCUGAGUGUAGGAAAUUGAUUAUGUUGAAGAGAAUUGACGUUGGACAGAAUUGCAUUUUGGAUCUUCCAUAUCAGAGAUCAGCAGAUGAAUGUAAAGAAUUCUUUUCUAAGCGAAGAACAUGUCCUAAUGAGAAGUCAUUGACCUAUGUUCCUUGCAGGAAAAAUUGGCAUCGCAAUUCAACAGUGCCGGAGCAAUCAACCAUUGCUGUUCCUCCAUCUCCUAGAUCAUAUGAGGCUCUUUCUCCAAAUAAUAAGUUUCGUUUUUAAUUUUUAAGCUAUAGAAAUACGUAAGAAGAUCCAUGUACUGUUCUAUAAGUUUCUUUUAUUGCAAACUAUAAUUUUUCCAAAAUAAAAUACACAUAAAGCUAGAAAUAAAUUAAGGUAAUAUCAAAUAUCAAUAAAGUUCACCGUAAUCCAAAUUACAAUAUCAAAUUUAAAAUAGCAUCAGUUGCAGUUGAUAUCACUUAAAAAUUGUACUUUUCCAUUUCCAG